AUGGCAAAUGUGCAAGUCAACAUUCCAUCUGCAGAUCAAAAGUCGGAAAAGAAGAAAAAGAAACGGCCAGAUCUUCCUGUUGUUUCAAUAAAAAAUACAGCCGAUUAUCAGAGGAUGAAGUUGGAAAGACUUUUUGCGAACCCAGAGAAACCAGUGGUAAUUCCGAUAACAAAACCAAGAGAUAAGAACCUUCCUCCACCUCCAGAAUUUGUCCGGAACGUGAUGGGUUCUAGUGCUGGGGCUGGAAGUGGAGAAUUUCACGUGUACCGGCAUUUAAGAAGGAAAGAAUAUGCUCGACAAAAGGGAAUUGUGGAAAAAUCGAGGGUUGAACAACUUGAUGAAGAUUUUUUAAAGAAGAUUGAAGAAAACAAGAAAAUUGCUGAAUUGAAAACUGCGAAAAAGAGAGCAAAGCGCCUUAAGCUUAAACAAAAGCUGAAAAAUAAAAACAAAAAAGCACGAACCCAGCAAACCCCUGGUGAAAACAAAGGAAAUGAUGAAGAUAGCAAUUCUUCGAGCGAUAAUGAUGAUGAUAGCAAUAAUUCAGACUCUACUGAAGAUGACACAACAAGUGGUGAUAGCAAACCUCCUUCAAAUAAUAAUGGAAAUAGCUCUCAUUCUGCUGGACAGAAAACAAAUGGUCACCACAACACAACUAUUUCGUCUAGCAAUAAUAAACCUAAGCUUGUAGUUCCAACUUAUUCUUCUCUCAUGUCACAAGUACAAGCUUAUCCUGACGUUGCCACCAGUUCCGAUUCAGAUUAG